AACAUAUUUUUCACCAAAUACUAAACCAACAACCCCCAAAAAAAAACCCUUUACCUUAAUUCACCGGAAAAUGGAGAAAAGCGGCGGAGGACUCGAGACGGAGCUGCGGCUCGGGCUCCCCGGAGGGGAAGUGGAUACCAAGAAUGAGAAGAAGAGGGUUUAUGAGGAGUUUGAUGGGUGUGAGGAUAGGGCGGCGGUGUGCAAGAAUCAGGUGGUGGGGUGGCCCCCGGUGGCGGUGUUCCGGCGCAAGAACAGCUUCAAUGAGGGGAAAAUGUAUGUGAAGGUUAGCAUGGAUGGAGCUCCUUUUCUUAGGAAGGUUGAUUUGACCAUGCACAAAGGCUAUUCUGAGCUUGUUAGGGCUCUUGAAGAUUUGUUUGGCUGUUUUGGAAUUGGGGAAGCAUUGAAGGAGGACGAAGAAAAUUAUGAAUUUGUUCCCAUCUAUGAGGACAAAGAUGGGGACUGGAUGCUUCUUGGAGAUGUUCCAUGGGAGAUGUUUGCAGAAUCAUGCAAGAGGCUGAGGGUGAUGAAAAGGGUUGAAGCAAAUGGUGUUGGGCUUCAUGCAAAGGAUCUUCUCAAGGGACUUUCCAAAGAGGAUUAGCUUUGUGUUUCACUUAGUUGAGAUGGAUAAAAAUGUCUUUUCACCACCUUAAUUAAUCACUAUCUGUUAUGAAUUAGUAAGUUUAAAUUUAAAUGUGACUUCAAUUCAUUAUAGAGACUUGAGGUAUUUAAUUUGAAGAACUGAUUGUAUGUUUUUUUGUUGACGAUUGCACUAUUGAAUUGGCAUGUAAGGGUGCUUGCUUAA